AUGCGGCGGGCAGGGCCGGCGGAGAGCGGAGGGGACCCUGGUGACAGCCAGGGAGUCCUUAAGACGAGCGGCCGAAUGUCGGCUGGGAGCGGUGCGGGGCCCGGGCGGCGGCCGGCGGCGGCGAUGGGCGCGUGCUGGGGGCCGGUGCUGCGGGUGCUGGUGGUGCAGGCGGCGUGGGCGCUGUGCGGCGGUCAGGUGCGGUACUCGGUGUCGGAGGAAGCGGAGCCCGGGACGGUGGUGGGCCGUCUGGCGCAGGACGUGGGUCUGGAGGCGGGCGAGGCGGAGGCGCGGCGUCUGCGCCUGGUGUCGCAGGGCCGGCGGGCGAGCGUGGAGGUGAGCGGGGCGAGCGGGGCGCUGGUGGUGAGCUCGCGGCUGGACCGGGAGGAGCUGUGCGGGAAGAGCGCGCCGUGCGUGCUGCGGCUGGAGGUGCUGGUGGAGCGGCCGCUGCGUGUGUUCCACAUCGAGCUGGAGGUCAUCGACAUCAACGACAACGCUCCGAUCUUCGCCGCCGCCCGGAAAAACCUCAGUAUCCCGGAAUUAUCGACUAUGCCGGGUUCCCGUUUCCCACUGGAGGGCGCGUCGGAUGCGGAUAUUGGAGCCAACGCUCAGCUCUCCUACACGCUCAGCCCCAACGAGCACUUCAGUCUGGACUUGCAAAAAUCCGAGGAUGACGCUGAGUCCUUAUUCUUGGUGCUGACGAAAGCGCUGGAUCGCGAGACGAUGGCUGAGCACCGUUUGGUGCUGACGGCGAGUGACGGGGGCCGUCCGUCGCUGACGGGCACGAUGGAGCUGGUGAUCUGGGUGCUGGACGCGAACGACAACGCGCCUCAGUUCAACCAGUCGGUGUAUAAAGUGCAGGUGCCGGAAAAUGCAGUACGUGGUAUUUUGGUGACCACGCUAAACGCCACGGAUUUGGAUGAGGGGACAAACGGGAACCUCUCAUAUUCUCUCCAGAAGCUUUUCCCUCAGAAUGGCAUAGACGUUUUCGACAUCGACAGGAACAGCGGAGAGAUCCGUCUUCGGGGUGAUUUAGACUUUGAGGACGUUGGUCUCUAUCGCCUGCAAGUGGAUGCAGCAGAUCAUGGAAACCCCCCGCUUUCAGGUCACUGUAAGGUGCUGGUGGAGGUGCUGGACGUGAACGACAACGCGCCGGAGGUGCGGGUGACGUCGCUGUCGGUGCCGGUGUCGGAGGACGCGUCGGUGGGGACGGUGGUGGCGCUGCUGAGCGUGUCGGACCGGGACUCGGGGGCGAACGGGCGCGUGCGCUGCUCGGUGUGGCCGUCGUCGCCGUUCGGUCUGGUGUCGGCGUUCGCGGGCUCGUACUCGCUGGUGCUGCGGGAGGCGCUGGACCGGGAGCGGGUGUCGGAGUACGAGGUGGAGGUGCGUGCGGAGGACGGCGGGUCUCCGCCUUUGCGCGGCAGGCUCGGCGUGCGGGUGCCGGUGUCGGACGUGAACGACAACGCGCCGGCGUUCGCGCAGGCCGUGUACACGGUGCUGGCGCGGGAGAACAACGCGGCGGGGGCGGAGCUGGCGCGGGUGUGGGCGCGGGAUCCGGACGAGGCGGGCAACGGCCGCGUGAGCUACUCGGUGUGGGAGGGCGGCAGCGGCGUUGGCGUUGUCGGCGGGGUUUUGUUGUCGGGCGGCGUGUGGCGUCCGGCGUCGAGCUACGUGUCGGUGGACGCGGAGAGCGGUCGCGUGUGGGCGCUGCAGGCGCUGGACUACGAGGAGGUGCAGGUGCUGCAGUUCGAGGUGCGUGCGGUGGACGCGGGGGAGCCGCCGCUGUGCGGCAACGCGACGGUGCAGGUGUUCGUGUUGGACGAGAACGACAACGCGCCGGCGCUGCUGCCGUCUGCGGGCGGCGGUGCGGGCGUGGGCGUCGACGCGGGUGGGGCUUCGUCGUUGGAGGCGGCGUCGGGGUCGCUGUGGGCGUGGGCGGCGUGGGGGGCGCCGGCGGGGCAGGUGGUGGCGAAGAUCCGUGCGGUGGACGCGGACUCGGGCUACAACGCGUGGCUGCGGUACGAGCUGUUGGAGCCGCGUGGGAAGAGCCCGUUCCGCGUGGGGCUGUACAGCGGCGAGGUGAGCACGUUGCGGGCGCUGGAGGAGGCGGACGGCCCUCGUCAGAGGCUGGUGAUCGUGGUGCGGGACCACGGCGAGCCGUCGCGCUCGGCCACGGCCACGCUGAGCGUGUCGCUGCUGGAGGGCGCCGAGGCGGCGCUGGUGGCCGCGGGCUCGGGCUCUGGGCGGCCGGGGCUGCGGCCGUUGUCGGGCGUGGAGGGCGGCGCGGCGUCGUCGUCGUCGUCGACGAACGUGUGGCUGGUGGUGGCCAUCUGCGCGGUGUCGAGCCUGUUCCUGCUGGCGGUGGUGCUGUACGGGGCGUCUCGGUGGGUGCCUCGGGCGGCGGUGUUAUCGGGUCCCGGUCCGACGACGCUGGUGUGCGCCAGCGAAGUGGGGAGCUGGUCGUACUCGCAGCGUCAGAGCCGGAGCCUGUGCGUGGCGGACGGCGCGGGCAAGAGCGACCUGAUGGUUUUCAGCCCCAACUUCCCGCUGCCGCCGCCCGGCACUGUAGCAGAAAACGGUUCUGCUGGCAAGGUCCCGUCUCUCUCCCCGCUUGCUUCAGGCGCGCUUGGUGUAGAAAAGGAGGAUUUGCGUGUGGGGUUCGCUGCAAUCCAGAAAUCCUCUGCACAUGAGAUUGUUCUUCCCGGCUUCUUAGAGCCAUCUCCGUUCCCGCUGUCCCCACGUAGCAACUGCGAGCUCUCGUGGCUUGUUGAAGGGCAUCCUGACGUCGCUGCCCGCUCUGCCAGCAGGCACACUUUCCCUCCGGGCAUCAUCCCGGCGCUGCGGCCACCAGCAGAGCCGCUCUGUCCCCCUCCUUUCCCCGGGGGAGCCACCCGGCAUGUGUGUGGGGGGGAUGCUCCCACGGGGGACAGCUGUGGCUACUUGCCACGUCGAGGGCGAAAAGCCACGGUGUUUCGGGUCGCCUCGUCCGUGCGCUCAUCUUUGCCCGCGGGAGCCCACACGCAAAAGCAGCGCGGCCUGGAGGUGGCGCUGCCGCCGCCCCAGACGCGCCGGGUCCCGCCGCCCGGUCACUGCGAGCGGCGGCAGCGCAGCGGAGCUGCCGCGUCUCCCCGCAACGGCAGCGGCAACCGCAACCGGCGGCGGCGCGGGGAGGGGAAGGGGCUGCGGAGCGGCCGGCAGCCACCGAGGAGUCCGGGGCACUUUUUCCCGCCUGCAGAGAACUUGUCUCCUUGCCGCCGGUGCGCCCCGGUGCCCGUCGGGUUCUCGCUGGGAACUUCGGGUGUCGGCUGA